AUGUCCCUGACAAGCUCGAGUGCCCGUGAGGCCGCACAGGCUGCAAAGUCCGCCUCGCACCUCCUCGCCACCCUCCCCGUCAGCGCCCGUAAUGACGCCCUGACAGCCAUCCACGACUCCUUGGUCGCCUCCAAGGACGCCAUCCUGGCCGCGAAUGCCAAGGACAUGGACGCAGCCCGACAGGCCGCGGCUGAUGGGCAGCUGUCGCAGAGCCUGGUUUCGCGCCUGGACCUGGGCAAGGCGGGCAAGUGGGAGGAUAUGCUCAAAGGCAUCUUAGACGUGCGCGGGCUGGACGACCCUCUGGGCGUGGUCGACCUGCGCACGCGGCUGGACGACGGCCUGGUGCUGGAACGUCUGACCUGCCCCAUCGGCGUGCUGCUCAUCAUCUUCGAGGCCCGCCCUGAGGUCAUCGCCAACAUCGCCAGUCUGGCCAUCAAGUCUGGCAAUGCCGCUAUCCUGAAGGGCGGCAAGGAGAGCACCCACAGCUUCGUCGCCAUCUCCACGGCCAUCUCCGCCGCCCUGGCCAGCGGCAGCGUCGCCGUGCCCGAGGCUGCCGUCCAGCUCGUCACCACCCGCGACGUCAUUCCCCAGCUGCUAGCUCUCGACGCCUAUAUCGACCUGGUCAUCCCACGCGGCGGCAACGACCUGGUGCGUUACGUCAAGGACAACACUAAGAUCCCCGUCCUGGGCCACGCCGAUGGCCUGUGCUCUGCCUACCUGGACCGCUCCGCCGACCCCAAGCUGGCAGCCGCCGUCGCCGUCGACUCCAAGACGAGCUAUCCAGCCGCCUGCAACAGCCUCGAGACCCUUCUGGUCGACGAGGGCGCCCUUGACGGCGUCUUCCCCGCAGUCGCCGAGGCCCUGCUCUCCAAGGGCGUCACCCUCCGCUGCGACGCCCGGACCAAAGCCGAGGCGGGCAAGCUGUCCACCACGGGAGGAGGCAAGGUGGAGGACGCUCAGGACGCCGACUACGACACGGAGCACCUGGCGCUCAUCCUGGCCGUCAAGGCCGUGUCCGGGCUGGACGAGGCGGUGGCGCACAUCAACACGCACGGGUCGCACCACACGGACGCGAUCCUGACGUCGGACGAGGCGCAGGCCGAGCGCUUCAUGACGGCCGUCGACUCGGCCGGCGUGUACUGGAACGCGUCGACGCGCAUGGCCGACGGCAUGCGGUACGGCUUCGGCACCGAGGUCGGCAUCAGCACCAACAAGAUCCACGCCCGCGGGCCCGUCGGGCUCGAGGGCCUGACCAUCUACAAGUACAAGGUGCGCGGCACGGGCCAGGUGUCGGCUGUGUACGGUGAGGGGGAGGGCAAGAAGCGUUUCCUGCAUGAGAAGUUGCCUUUGUAA